UGUAGAUACUCGUGCAAGUAAAUCGUUUACCUAUUGUGUGUUUUCGACAUUGUGAUAUGUUACGAAAAUGAAUCCAAGGUACAUUUUUAAUCUCUUUUUCUUUGUCAGGAAGGUACAUUUUUAAUCUCUUGAAUAUGAUAUAUGAUUAUUAUUUUUAAUUAGAAAUGACAGGGAUGUAAAUCGUGCUCAGGAAAACUUCUAAUUAGAUUAAUAGUUUAUCCUUAUUUGUUCACGGAUUGUGAUUCAAGGAAACAGCUUUAGUAUAGCUUAUAAUCAGAAAAUAUAAUUUGUUACCAUAAAACCUAUGACUUCCUCUCUUCAAGUAAGUUUUUCUUUGUGAAGCUAAUUCACAGAGAUAACUAUGGGGGCCUUUGGAUUGUGAGUGAGAAUGGAAUCGGGAAUAUGAACAGGGCCAUGGGGGUAUGGGAAUGGGUAUCCCAAGUGAAGUAGAGCAAGUCCAACACUAUGCUAAGAGGUUCCCUAAAAAUAUUAUAAAAUAAUACUUCUUCCGUCCCACCCAUUUCUUUCCACUUUCCUUUUUGGGUGUCCCAUCCAAUUCUUUACAUUUCAAAACUUACCAAAAAUAGUCAAUGGGUCCCACCAUUCUUUCCUUUUCACACUACUUUCUCUCCACUAUCUAUUUUUUAUACAUUAAAAAUCAAUGGGUCCCACCAUUUCACCCACUUUUCUUCCCCUUUUCCACUAUUUUAUACCUAUUUCUUAACCUCCGUGCCCAACCCAUUCGAUAAGAAAUGGGUGGGACGGAGGGAGUAUUUCUUAGUGAUUUAGCACAAGAUUUAGCACAUGAGCUCCAAUAGUACUCCCUAUAUCCAUUCCCUAUUAUUAUAAUAAUAUUAAAUUUAAAUACUUUGAGAUGUUGUGAAAAAGGAAAUAUUAAAUUUAAACACUUUGGGAUGUUGUGAAAAGGGAAAUGAUGUGGAGGAGAGAGGGAAAUGAAUAUUUUAAUGAUAAAAAUAGUUUAGAAGUGGCUAGCAUAUUCUAAAAAGCAAGUCCAAUAGGUGUGCUAAAUCAAGUCUUAAAUCCAAAAAUAGGGAAUAUGGGAUAAAAUUACGCUCCAACACUAUGCUAGUGAUGUGCUAAAUCACUAGCACAAGCCUCCCCUUCCCUAUUUUUAGAAUAUGCUAGCCACUCCUAAACUAUUUUUAUCAUUAAAAUAUUCAUUUCUCUCUCUUCUCCACAUCAUUUCCCUCUCUCCUCCACACAAAAGUUGUUUAAAUUUAAUAUUAUUAUAAUAAUAGGGAAUGAAUAUAGGGAGUACUAUUGGAGCUCAUGUGCUAAAUCUUGUGCUAAAUCACUAAGACAUAUUAUUUUAUAAUAUUUUUAGGGAAUCUCUUAGCAUAGUGUUGGACUUGCUCUAAGGAAUGAUUUACCCUCCAAGUGGGAUAAGGGUUUCCUUUCCAUGUCACAAAAUUACAAAUCCAAAUACCAACACAUGGGUUUGAGGUUUCGAUUCUCGUUAACCGAGUUUAUUAACCAUGAACGGAACACCCCCUAUAUGUAUGGAGUACGGAGCAAGUGGAAAUUAACGUGUUUCAUGAUCAUUUCCAUUUUGCUAAUGUGAAGGGAAGACUUGAGUAUUGUAGUGUUUCAGUCAUUGUAAUUAAUAUAUACCGAGUUUUAACACAGUCACGGAGUAUAGUAGUGCUCCUACUGUAAAUAUAUAAUUUGACCUGCAUGUUAUCAGCCAUCAAGAAUGGAGACUCCGACUGGAGGCUAUGUGUUACUGGUACUGUUAAUCACAUUCAAUCAUCUCUAGAAUUCUAAUUGCGACUGCCUACUUGCUAUUUAUCCAUGUAUGUUGUUAUGUUUGAUUUUGCUUUAUGUUUGAAGUAAUUUUGAAACAGGGGAGAUUCUUAGGACUUUACGUAAAGACCCCGAGUCAUUGUCUGCUAGGACAUCCUUAGUUUUGAGAUUUUAGGGAUUAAAGUCUGUUACAUUUUAAGGUGAGAGAGUUUUAGAUUAGUUAAUAGGGUCUUUCUGCCCACACAGUGGAAGAUUUUGAUUGGUGAGAAUUUUUGUGCAUGCAGAGGGGCCAUCAUUAUUAAUGGGAUGGGAUGAGAGUUGAUUGAAAUUCAACACCUAACUAUAAAGUGAUUGUUAGUGUGUGCCUAGGACACACACUAGAAAAUCUGUAGUUAAUAUGGACUUUUGAACUUGUUUAUGUUCUUUUAUACUACUUUAUAGUGAUAAGAAUAUGGGUCCGGAUUCGAUAAACAACUGAUUGAUGACAAAUGAUAAGCAAUAGAUGUAGCAUACUGUCAUCCCUUUUUCUUUCGCAAAAGGGAAAAUUAUCCCUUCAAGGAUUUUUUUUUCCUUCCCCGCAGCGGCGAUGGUAUGCUGCUAAGAAUCGUUUAACACAGAUCACUUGUAUUCCCUAUCCCAAAUAGUUAUAUUAGAGGGAGUAUCUCUUAGUGAUAGUUAUGGAGUUACUUGAGCUUGAACCAUCACUACUCUCAGAAAUACUCUAAUCCGAAUAACAGACGACAAUAUGAUUAUAACCUCAGCCUGCCAGGCUUCAAAUUUUAACACGAUCCACAAAUGAAUUUUGAUUAUGUUUCUUGGGGCUUGAAAUGAGACGGAGGUUAGUAGAUUGAUGCGAGUGUUGGGUUUAAAUGGUUAAUUAAAUAGUGGUUUAAUAGAUUAAUCAAGUCAUUUAUUUAAAUUUCGGUUUUUCUAGUGUUCCACUUAUUGACUCUUAUUUCUUAAUAAUGGUGGACUCCUUACAUAUACACAGUACACAACAAAUUCUUUAGAUUUUACUAAUAUUUUGUUAACCAGAUGACAUUUUAUAUCUGCAACUUAGAAUGUAAAAGUAUCAUCGAUAAAUCAUAAAAAACCCCAAAUUUAAACUUAUUGACUCUUAUUUCUUAAUAAUGGUGGACUCUCUACAUAUACACAAUACACAACAAACUCUUUAGAUUUUACUAAUAUUUUGUUAACCAAAUGACAUUUUAUAUCUGCAACUUAGAAUGUAAAAGUAUCAUCGAUAAAUCAUAAAAAACCCCAAAUUUAAAAUUCGUAUCUUGAUGAAUAUAAUGUUCCAAAUAUAUAUUUUCCGGUGAAAAGUGACUUGGACAUGAAGGGAUAUUUUUACACUCAUUCAGCCAUUGUUGGGGCGUGAUAUUACGAAUUUAGUUAAAGAAAACCAUAUUCGAAACCAAAGCAAUUGGGUUUAAUUUAAUUACUAUAUCUUUUUAUAUUUCGGUUCUUUUAACAGGUUUAAUUGAAAUUUGGAUAUUUAAAAUAAAUUAAAACUUAAAAAUAUUUUUUAUAUUUAUAUUCAAAAAAUGUAUUUAUUCAAAAAAUUUAACGGUCCUGAUUUUAUUAAUUUAUAGAGAUUUUAUGGUAUGCCAUUUCGAUAAUUAUAUUUAAAAAGGCAGUAUUCACACUAUUUAUGGAAAAUCUUGUCUUUUUCUUGAACUAAAUUAUUUGUUAGAAAUUUGAAAUAUACAAAGGUUAUCAUAUGCUAUCUCUGUCGCAUUUAAUUGUAUACGUUUCUUUUUAACUGCUCGACACGCAUUUCAAUGCUCUUAUGAAAUAUAGUUUGUAACUUAUUUUUGAGAUUUUCUGUUUCUGUAUAAAAAUAUAACAUCCAAACUUUAAUUCAGAAAAAAAAAAAUUUAAAAUAGAUUGCACAACAACACUUUACAGGAGUAAGAGCAACUCCAAUGCAUCCAUUCCUUACCUAUAUUUGAUCUACAUGGACAAGAUUUGAGAAUUGAGAACAAAAAUAGCUCCUCCAACGCAACUCCCUAUCCUCUAUUAAUUUUAGGUGAGAGAAAAGUUCAACCCCUUAUUUGAGGGAUGAAAAAGCAACCCCUAUAUGCUCCAUGUCAUCACCAGCUCAUAUCUCACUCUUAUUUUUCUGUUAUUUAUUAGUUCAAUCUUUCUCUCUCCUUGAGUUGUAUAUAUAAAUUUAAAAUAUAGGAAAUCAAAUAGGGAACACCGUUGGAGUAAAAUAGCUUUUUGAUCCCCAAUAUUUUAAGUAUCCAUUAAUAUAUAAUAUUUUAGGGGUUGAAAAUAGGGAAUUGCAUUGGGCUUGCUCUGAUAAAGUCCAUGCCGCGUACCCCACCCAACGUAUACUACUAGGGGACGGAGGUUAAUACUGUGUUCAUUAAAUGAAAUUGAGAAGAACAGAAUGAUAAAUAUAUUUUAAAUUGGAGUAAUACUUUAAUUAUUUUAUUUCAAAUUAUUUGGACCGGAAAGAAGGAAUGCUGGUUGACUUCAAUAUUAUGUUUCCCUACCAUUUCCUACCAUUUUCGUCGUAGAAAAUCUACACAGACUUGUUGUAGAUAGUCAAUAUUUUCUUAAAACUUCUUCAUAAUAAAUUAUUUCAUGGUCUCCUCUCCUUAUUAAAUUUCACCCCCUAAUAUUUACCUUCCCUCAUAUAGAAAUCAUAAUUCUUCGUUUGUACUCUUCCUCUGCCUUAUUUUGAAUUUGCUCAAAUGAAAAAACUCAUGUGAUAUCGAGUGUCGGCUUCUGGUCCCCGAUAAAUUUACCAAACAACAAUGACUCUUCUGUCGAUGAUAAGCAAACCUCGUGACCAAUGAACUAGAAUCAUUACAGAGAAAAGAAAGGAGAGAACAAAAAAAGAUGGACUUGGUGAAUGUUCUGCACAUGAAUGCAGGUAAUCGCAAAUGCAGCUAUGCCAACAGCUCCUCCCUGCAGAAAUAUGUGAUAUUGAAGUCUGCUAAAGUGUUGGAAGACACCAUCGAAGAUUAUGGUACAAACGGAUUCUCCGAAUGCUUCAAGCUAGCUGACUUGGGCUGCUCUUCCGGGCCUAAUACCUUUUUGUUUGUUGCAAAUACACUUGCAAAUGUUCAUAAAGCAUGCGCGAAAAAAAAUCUGAAAGCACCUGAUGAAUUUCAAGUGUUUCUCAAUGAUCUUCCAAAUAAUGAUUUUAACAUGGUUUUUAAAAUGACACCCGCAUUCUAUUCGAAGCUUGAAAAUGAUGAAGCUCUUGCAAGAACUUUGAAGUGUUUUGUAUGCGGAGUGCCAGGUUCUUUCUAUACUAGACUCUUUCCCAGUAAAAGUCUUCACUUUGUUCAUUCGUCAUAUGGUGUUCACUGGCUCUCUCAGGUCCCUGAGAAUCUGCUGGAUAAUAACAAAGGAAAUGUCUAUAUUGCCAAAGCUAGUCCUCCGGGUGUUUAUGAAGCAUAUUUUAAUCAAUAUAAACGAGACUUGACGACAUUUCUGCGCAUGAGAUCCGAAGAAAUUAUCCCUGAUGGCCGCAUGGUCUUAACACUCCUGGGUAGGAGAGCUUCAGAUCCUGCCAGCAAAGAUUGUUGUUAUUUAUACGAAUUACUUGCUAUGUCACUUCACGACUUGGUGGCUGAGGGUUCACUUCAUGAGGAAGACAUUAGCUCAUUCAAUCUACCGUUUUACACCCCAAGCCCCGACGAGUUGAAGACAAUAAUAGAAUCUGAGAACUCCUUUUGUCUUGACAAACUUGAAACCUUUGAGGUUAAGUGGGAUAUGCGCGAUGAAGAUGAAAUAAUAAAGUCUGAGGAUAGCAGUGGAAAGUUUAUAGUGAAAACGGUGAGAGCUGUAAUGGAACCAUUGAUUGCUAGUCAUUUUGGGAAUAGUUUCAUGGACCAGAUAUUUGAGAGGUUUGCCAACCAUGUCACUGAGCAUCUCUCCCGUGGAGAGAAAGGUAGCUACUUCAAUAUUCUCGUCUCCUUGAGAAGGAAAUGAUGUUAUCUUAGUUCAUUACCAUUUGUAUGUGGUACUGGCAAGUAACAAGAAUGUUGCAAGAGGCUAAACUCAUGGGAUUGCCAGCGAAAAACAGCACAACCGAAAAGGUACUAUUGCAACUUGCAGGGCUAUAUUAUAUAAGCUAUCUGCUUGACAGAGCAGUAUCUUAAAUAUCCCAUCUUUCUAUUUUGUUGUCGUAUUCUGAAUUAGGAAAUUUACUGUAAACAUGGUUUCUAAAAUAGCCAAACUCCGUAAAGUUCAGGAUUUUAAUAUAUUUUUUUUAA